AUGGGAAGAAAAAGUUCGAGAGGUGAUAGCGUUGCCGAACGGUUCUUCAAAUGCGCUGAAGCUUAUACGUUGAACGAAUUUGAAGACCUGUUUAAUGAUAUAAAGGACAGGUAUCCCAAAGUUGCGGAGUAUAUGCAGAAAGAAGAACUUGAUCCCGAGAAAUGGGCAAGGUGUAAAUUUAAGCGUCAAAGGUACAAUUUAUUGACAACAAAUGCAGAGGAAUCAAUAAAUUCUGUAAUGAAGAAGGCCAAAAGGUUUCCGAUGCUGGGCCUUCUGGAUAUGUGUGUCUCCAAGACCGUGGAAUGGUUCAAUAGAUAUAGAGUUGAAGCAGGAUGUGCCGAUGAUUCACAAAAAAUGACACCGCAUGUUGACAAAGUGCGCCAUAAGAGGUAUGAGACUGCAUGUACGUAUGAAGUCAUUGUGCUAAACACUGUUACAGAGGAGUUUGAAGUGAUGGGUGAAAAGGGUAGAAAACACUUUGUUAGCAUUGAAUGUAGAACGUGCAGUUGUAGGGUGUUUGAUAUCGAUAAGAUCCCAUGCAGCCAUGCAAUUGCAGCACUUCAUAAGGUUGGUAAAGCGAAUGUUAUACUAGACUUAUGUUCUCCAUACUAUACACGGGAGGCAUGGCGUCUUGCCUAUCAGGAAACCGUGUAUCCGGUCCCCGAUUGCUGUGAAUGGAUUAUCAAUGACCCGGAUGUUACAAAUCUUGUGGAAAUGCCUCCUAUCAUGGAUGAGAAACGAUAA